CAAGCAUGUAACCAGUGUAACUAUCAACCGCUAUCAACGCUAUCAACAAGCUUAUGUUCAGUUCAGAGCUGUACCCGACUAUUUAUCUUGUAAUAAUCGAUAUACCGUGUCAUGCAAAUUAGCUGUGCAACAUGCUAUAUAAUCUCAAAUAUUUCUCAAAGAUCAAAAGUUAAAAAGCCUAAACGCUAAACGAGAUGCGAUUGCAAAAUUCAGUCUCUCUUUUGUGGUUUGCGCAACGACGAUAGAUGGCAACCCCGCAAUGUUUAUGUUUUGAUUUCACUCCUCUCCCAUCCGAAUUUUCACUCCCCCAGCUCCAGUUCGCCACAUCCUAAUUGAAAUCUGUGAUCUUAUUAGUUGUAAAUCUGAACAUUUCCGUUAACACACUCUUAUAAUUUUGUCCAAAGUUAUUUCCAAUGAGUGUCGCAUAUGCCGAUGAAAUAGAACAGAGUACGCCGUAUGAAGAUGAAGCUGAAAUAUCCAGUCCAAAGGAAAAACCCCGUAAUCUGAUUGCAUACUGGCUCUUGGGUCUAUGCAACAAUUAUGCCUAUGUCAUAAUGUUGAGCGCUGCUCAUGACAUUCUCAGUGAAGACUUCCAGGGAAAUAGUACUGUUCCCACUCCAAGUCCUGUAACAAAUAACACGAGGGACUGCAAUCCUGUUUCGACAGGAGCCAUUUUACUUGCUGAUGUCCUACCCAGUCUUGCAAUGAAACUUACUAUGCCAUUCCUCUUAACACACAUCAGACUAAGGGUCUUAAUUGUCAUACUAUUAAGCAGUGCAAGUUUCCUGAUGGUUUCAUUCAGCACUGCACAAUGGCAAGCCUUUUUGGGGGUUGUAUUUGCUGCCAUUAGUGGUGGACUUGGAGAGGUUACAUUUUUGCAGUACUCUUCUCACUAUGAUAAGGAUGUAGUUUCAACUUGGUCGUCCGGUACAGGUGGAUCCGGACUGUUUGGUGCAUUAUCAUUUGCUGCCUUAACUACCGCCGGCCUUAGCGCUCGAAAAACUGUCCUCUUGAUGUUGGUAAUUCCUGCGUUGAUGGCAAUCACGUUUUUCUUUAUAUUAGACCAUGAGAAACGACGAGUUAAAACAAAUGACAGUGAUGCUGAUACCGAACCCUUGAUGGAGGAGAAUCAACCUAGUUUUAAGGGUCAUAUUGCUCCUAUAAGCAUGCGGUCCAAAUGUCGAAUGUUACCACGGAUGGCUCGUUUUAUUGUUCCUCUGGGAUCAGUUUAUCUGUUUGAAUAUUUUAUCAACCAAGGAGUGUUUGAAUUGAUAUAUUUUGAAAACAUAUGGUUGGAUCACCACAGCCAAUACAGAUGGCUUCAAGUGGAUUAUCAGCUCGGUGUUUUCCUAUCUCGCUCUUCCGUAAACCUAUUCCGAAUUAAUGCUGUUUGGUUCUUAGCUGUCUUGCAAUUUGUAAAUGUAAUCCUGUUGACGACAGAAGCUGUUUUCUUGUAUAUACCUUCCAUUUGGAUUGUCUUUACAAUAGUUUUUUGGGAAGGACUCCUGGCUGGAGCUGCCUAUGUAAAUACAUUUUACCGAGUGGCCUUCGAGACCAUUCCCCAAGAAAAAGCGUUUGCCAUGGGAAUCACCUCGCUCGCUGGAAGUGUCGGAGUUUCAACCGCCGGAGCUUUAGCUGUGCCUUUUCAUCAAUAUCUCUGUUCUUUGCCGAUAAUUCAUCGAACCACCAAAUGGUGAAUGAAAGGAUUUUCCAUUUAUCCGGAAAUUUUAUUGUCAGUUCUUUUUAAUUUCGAACGAUAAAAGACAAAUUGACUUUCAUUUCAUUUAUUUUCACAAUACAGAGAUUUUGUCGUACCGCAAAAGUCUUUCACCCAGUAAUAAAAAUGCGUGACAAAAAUAUACCUGUCGAACGAGA